AUAGCAAGUAGAAUCGAAAUCGCCUUUUUGACAGCUAACAUAAAAAAUACUGUUUAACUUAAACUUGAUGAAUGAAUGCGUUGAUAUUUCCUACUGUUGCACCUACAUCGAGGCAUAUCGUUGCGGAGGUUCAUUCGAUCGCGUCAAUCCUCUGGAACGUUUCUGCGGAGAGUAACGUAUGCUCUGGAGCUAGUAAUGCUGUCUUAGCUGAAACGUUUCAGCUGCAGUGAAGAAAAUACAUUUUCAGUUUUAUCGAAACUCCCCGGUGUAUCGGCGCCUGGCUAGCGGGAGGCGGAGCAUGCGUGUGAGAUCAGAGAUCAGAUUGGACGUGGAGCUGUGAUGCGUGCGGCGAGCUGCAGGAUGAACGUGGCGGCCAUUCUGAAUGGCCUGCUGGUUUCGGUGGUGGCAGCACUGCUCUGGAAGUACGUGAGGCUAAGCGAGCACGCUGCAGUACUGGAGGAGGAGCUGCAGCUGACCCACCAGUCCCAGGAGCUGUCCCAGGCCCGGAUAGACUACCACGCCGCUCUGCUGGCCCUCCAGGAGCAUGGCACCCGCAUGGUCUGCACCGGCAAGAUGCACACUGACCGCAUCUGCCGCUUCGACUACCUGUGCUACUGCACCGAGGCCGAAGAGUUUGUCUUCUUCCACAGCAACUCCUCCUUCAUGUUGCCCAACCUGGGGCCCCGGCGCUUCCAGCCGGCCCUGCUGGACCUGUCCUCUGUGGAGGAUCACAACACCCAGUACUUCAACUUCCUGGAGCUGCCCGCAGCUGCCCUCAAGUUCAUGCCCAAGCCUGUGUUUGUCCCUGACGUCACCCUCAUCCUCAACCGGUUCAAUCCGGAUAACCUGAUGCACGUGUUCCACGAUGACCUGCUGCCCAUCUUCUACACCAUGCGGCAGUACUCAGACCUGGACGAUGAGGCCCGCCUGGUCUUCAUGGAGGGCUGGGGUGAGGGCGCACACUUUGACCUCUACCGCCUGCUGAGCAGCAAGCAGCCACUUCUCAAAGAGCAGCUGAGGAACUUUGGCAAACUUAUGUGCUUUACUAAGUCCUACGUGGGCUUGUCCAAGAUGACCACAUGGUACCAGUACGGCUUCGUCCAGCCACAGGGCCCCAAAGCCAACAUCCUGGUCUCUGGGAACGAGAUCCGGCAGUUUGCCUCAUCGCUGAUGGAGAAGCUCAAUAUCACCACGCGAGGAGAGGAGAGCGUGGCGGAGAAAAAGGAUGAGUACUUCGUAGUGUUCAGUCGCUCCAUCAACAGACUAAUCCUGAACGAAGCGGAGCUGAUCCUGGCGUUAGUGCAGGAGUUCCAGAUGAGAGCCGUGACGGUAUCUCUGGAGGAGCAGAACUUCCCCAGAAUUGUCAAGGUCAUCAGCGGGGCCUCCAUAUUAGUCAGCAUGCACGGGGCCCAGCUGGUCUCCUCUCUCUUCCUCCCCCGGGGGGCCGUCGUAGUGGAGCUCUUCCCCUAUGCGGUCAACCCAGAGCAGUACACUCCUUACAAAACCCUGGCCUCUCUACCAGGCAUGGACCUGCAGUAUGUGGCCUGGAGGAACAUGGUGGAGGAGAACUCUGUGCCCUACCCAGAGAGGCCCUGGGAGCAGGGAGGUAUAGCCCACCUGGAUAAGGAAGAGCAGGAUCACAUCCUGACCAGUAAGGAAGUACCUAGACACCUGUGCUGCCGCAACCCUGAGUGGCUCUAUCGUAUUUACCAGGACACCAUAGUGGACAUACCUUCUUUACUAGAGGCUCUCAGAGCGAUUGUGAAAACCAGGCCCAACCUGAAGAAGGCCAAGCCUGCCAGCACGGUCCACCCGGGCCGGGUCAGAGAGCCCCAGUGCCAGACGUCAGUCCAGGCCACCAACGAGGCCAAGCUGACUGUGUCCUGGCAAAUCCCCUGGAACCUGAAGUACCUGAAGGUCAGGGAAGUGAAGUACGAAGUGUGGAUCCAGGAGCAAGGAGAGAACACGUACAUGCCUUAUAUUCUCCCCCACCAGAACUAUACCUUCUCUGAAAACAUCAAACCCUUUACGACGUACCUGGUGUGGGUGCGCUGCAUCUUUAACAAACACCUCCUGGGGCCCUUUGCCGAUGUACUCAUGUGCAGGACAUAAUUUGAGUUGAUAUUUACAGUUUCAAGUAUGUGACUGCUUGUUCCAGAUGAUCAGAUAUUGGGGCUGUGGAUUAUUGAAGGUGAUGCUAGAAAGGUUCUGUAUAAUUUCAGCCAGUAGUUUUGAAAGUAGCGCUCACGAGCCAAAAUGGGUCCCAGAAAAGUGUGCACAAUUGUAUACGAUGUCAUCCAUUUUGUAUGAUAUGUUACGUCCUGCACAAUAAAUGUAUGUUUCCUACAAUUCGUAUGAUAUGUUACGAAUUUGUAAGUGCUUAAGAUCCCGUUCAAUCUCGUUAAUAUGAAAAUCUGUGAUUGAGGAUCGUCUCCGAUUUGAGGAUAGUUGAUAUGAUGUAAUCUGUAUCUAGGAUGAGAGACUGUGCUGUUUGAUGAGACAACCAUGUCCUCACAGAGAGUGAAAUGCAAUGGAAAUUCAAUGGCAUUUAGCAUGGGACGCAGGAACACGAGUCACGAUUUAAGGAUGCAUUGUCUGUACCAUAGGCAGAAAGUACUAUACAAAGUGUAUUUUUGAGAUAUAGGAAUUUCUUUAAUAUACUUAUUAAUAUACUUUUUCAUUAGUCUUAAACACUGAACCUAUCUAUACCUGUACUUAUUUGAGUAUGUAAUGUAGGUUUUCAGCAAAGCCCAGAUUUGAUUGGUUUGUGAUUUGUUAUCUGAUAAAUCACAACUUUGUGGCUUAGCCUACCCUCCUGCACAAAGUUGUAGUUUUGUCAUGUUGCCUUUCUAAUUGGCAAUUUCCAUAGUUGUUUGCAGAAUGUUGCCAAAACCUUAAAGGGAUACUGUAAGAUUCUGGCAAUUUUCCACUUACCCAGAGUCAGAUGAACUCGUGGGUACCAUAUUUAUGCCUCUGCGUGCAGUAUGAAGGAAGUUAGAAGUAGUUUCGCGAGCCAAUCCUAACUAGCAUUAGCACAAUGACUGGAAGUCUAUGGGUAUCUGCUAGCUGGGUAUCUGCUUCAGGCCUGGACAAUUCCAGUCCUCAGGGGCCUAAUUGGUGUGACACUUUUCCCCCAUCCCUAGCAAACACACCUGAUUUUAAACUAAUUACAUGUUUAACUGAAGCUCAUGAUUAGUUGAUUAUUGGAGUCAGGUGUGUUAGCUGAGGGAAAAGUGUGACACCAAUCAGGCCCCAGAGAACUGGACUUGCCCAGGCCUGCUAGCUGCAGAUACCCAUACACUUCCAGUCAUUGCGCUAACUCCAGUUAGCAAUUAUGCUAGGGCUAGUUAGCAACUUCCUUCAAACCGCAAUCAGAAACAUAAAAAGGGUGUCCAUGAGUUCAUCUGACCCUGGGGAAGUAGAUAAAGGGCCCCAUUGCCAAAAUCCCGAAGUAUCCCUUUAAGAGAAACCAAAGUGAAUUUGAAAAUGUGGUUCCAGUACCAUUAAGUAUGUGUUAUUAGUUGUAAUUGAAUUAUCUUGUGCUUCAUUGAGGCUUUAAUAUUAAUUCAAGGCGGAUAAAAACUUUCAAAGAGUGUGUCCAGGAAAAUAUGUUGGCAGUUUUCUAAAGAUGCUGACUAAAACAUGCAUUAUUCCUUCAAAUGUAGCAGUAUUUAAAGAACAGUGUUCCUCUAAAUUAAAAUAAAGAGAAUCUAUUAUGUAUUUAUGUGAAAGGUUCUGUAGCUAUGCGGUGCAGUUGCUAGAUAUGCGAGGGUUAGUUCUAUUUCUUUCAGAAAAACUGGAGCUUCUUUAAUCAGUUUCUUUGUCAUUGCCCUGUGUGUCAAAAGAUAAAUACAAAAAAGUUCAUGUCACUUCAGUGUCCCCAUUACAGCAAUUCUGAGUUCAAUUGUCCUAUUUUUUAGUUUUUUUAUAAAGUCCACACAGUUGCAGAAAAUGAUCAGAAUUUCUUACUUACUAUUAAUCGGUACCAUUUCUGAUUGUGAUCAUAGAAAAUUUGCGCAGGUUAUAUGCAUGCAUUAACUUGUGAAAUAAUUAGCCUGUGAUGCUUUGGUAAUGACUACUAUGCCCUGAAUCAAACUGGAGGAAUAACCCAUUCUAUGGCUCAUCAGUGCUGCUAACCAUGCGUGGUUCAGUGACUGUAUCCCAAAUGGCACCCUCUUCCCUUUAUAGUGUACUACUUUUGACCAAGAACUAUAAAGGUCACCAGAGCCUAAAAGUAGUGUUCUAUAGGGAAUAGGGUGCCAUUUUGGGACUCAGCCCAAGUUUAUAUGAUGGUGUGCAAUGCUGCCUGUUACAUUUCAUUGCCUUGUGGUGUGCAAAACCAAAGUAUGACUAGCUUCCCAGUAUGUACCAAGCCCUCAGAGUAAGUGCUGAUGUAGGAUCAGCUGCAGCCCUCCUGUCCUACUAAGCGUAUAUACAUUGCCUUCAGAAAGUAUUUACACCCUUUGACUUUUUCAACAUUUUGUUGUUACAAAGUGGGAUUAAAAUGGUUGAAAAAAAACGUACAAUUAAAUCCAUCUACAAAUAAUCAAAUGUCAAAGUGGAAGAAAAAUGACACUAAUACAGUAUAUCUUUAUAAGUAUUCAACCCACUUAGUCAAUACAUGUCUCUCUGGGCAAGUCUCUAACAGAUUUUCACACCUGAAUUGUGCAACAUUUGCCCCUUUAUUCUUUUCACAAUUCUUCAAGCUCUGUCAAAUUGUUUGUUGAUCAU